AUGCUGAGGCAUUGUGUUGCUAGGUUCUCGCAGCCAUUAUUGAGACGAUGCACAGAAUGGUUCUCGGACUCUAAUGCAAUUUUCUCAUCGGACGUUAACCAGAUAACACUCCUCGGCUCUGUUGCUUCUUCUGGAGUCACGAUAGAUGAGUCUCAAUCAGGGCGGCCGGUUGCCACGUUCAAUCUCUUAACUCGCGCUAGGUACCGUGGUGCUGAUCGCUACAAGAUGAAACUUGUCUACCACAGGAUCCAGGUCUUUGACAAACCACUUAUAGAGCGAAUCAAGAACGUCUCUUUGGGUGAUCGAGUGUUUGUGCAGGGCUGUCUGAUCUCCUUCAAGAAGACCACUAACGACUGGAUGCAAUCUAUCACUGCACAAAAUAUCAUCCUCCAUUCUGAAGCUGGAAAGCAGUUUUUGGUAGAGGCAGGAGAGACGGAGAAGGAAGAGGAGAUGGGAGGCGAGAGCUUUUAA